AUGUGGUCAUACCUUCUGUUGCCUCUCAGUUCCAUCGCCACGGCAUCCCUCCUCUAUGUCACCCACUACAGUGGCACCGUCUUUACUCUCUCCCUCGAUGUAUCCUCCACGGGGUAUGACCUCUCCAUUGUCCACAGUCAGCCCCUCUGCGGCACCUAUCCCAGCUGGCUGACCUUCGACGUUGCCUCCAACCUCAUCUUCUGCUCCGAUGAGACCGGCGACGCCACCAACAAUGGCUCCUUGUCGGCCCUGGCCAUCGCUGACGACGGCAGUCUGUUGGAACAGGCCAAGACGGCCACCCCCGGCAGCGGCGUUCACAAUGUGGUCUACGAGGGCGACCAGGGCGAGAGAUACCUCGCCGUUGCGCACUACGGCGGAUCCGCCGUCUCAACCUUCCGACUGCCCCUCCAGUCCGACGACCCUCCCCUCCAGGUCUUCCGCUACCAACUCUCGCAACCCGGCCCGAAGUCGCAGCAAGAUGCACCCCACCCGCACCAGGUCCGCGUCUACGCUAUUGACAAACCCACCGGUCACCUCCAUGCGUGUCCGGCCAUCCAUGUCACCGCCGGCGACGGUCCGCGCCACGGAGUCUUCGAGCGCUCCCAAACCGGCCUGACUACGCUGUAUAUCGAUACCGAACUUGGUGGACACAUCAUCAGCUACGCCGUGUCGUACCUGGCCGCCGGGGGCUGUCCGUCAUUCCGCCAGCGGCAAAAGCUCGUGGCCUACCCCGACGGAACGAUGCCCGAGGGGGCGACACCCGCGGAGAUCCGGCUGGCGGGCGAUGAGCUGUAUGUGUCAGUUCGGUCAGAUCAGGGUUUCGCGCCGAACGACUCGAUGGUGACGUUGGACCGGACAGUAAAUGGGACGCUGGCGGUGCGGGAGUCGACCUCGUCAUAUGGGACGGUGCCGCGCACGUUUGCGUCCUCGACAGUGGCGGUGGUCAAGCGCGACGUGGCAACAGGCGCGCUGGGCGAGGAGGUGGCACAUCUGCAGGUCGGGGAGCCCGGGCCGGUGGGCACGAUGACAGGGCUGAGCAGUGUGAUCUGGGUCGAGUAAGGCGUACAGUUUGAAUGGAAGAUCAGGCAAAGAAAGGACUUCAUUUAUAUUGCUGAAUCACAUGCAAAAAUCACUGCAACCAUACAUGACAUGAAUGUACCAAAAUGCCACCGUAAUGUGUUACCGCCCAGCGUGGGAAUAAGUCCAGCCAACAGAACCUGUAUCUAUUGCCGUUCAAGACAAGCACCCUUCAAAGGUAAGCGCACUCCGUGCAUUCGCCAAGGAAAAAGCAGAUACCCAAGUACUCCAGCAGACCCAACAUCCCGACGUCAUCUCUUCCAGGGAAAUCUUCAAGGCGGCACGACCUAUAGUUGAUGACCUGCCUCUGACGUUGGAACACUGGUCGCCUGUGAU